GAGUUUGUAUUCUAUGAUCGUGCAAUCUCGAAACAUUUUCAAAUUUGAACGCUAAAAUUGAUCAACUGUCAAACAAUACGUUAAGUGUAAUAUGGUACAAUCCUUCCAUUGUUGGAUUGAUUUAGCGAUUAAAAAAUCGCUUAGAGUUCUCUGUUCGUCCGCAACGUUCCUUUGAGCGAUUUUUGCGCCUCAGAAUCAUACGACAAACGAAUCGUUCAACGAUGUUUACACCGUCGAAGCCCACAGGGGCGAAUUUCCUGGACUUAACUUUGUUAAACACUCCGCAACCGCAAGCAACUUCGACCGUUCAAAGGAAAAACACAUUGGAAAGCAAGUAUCUUGAGAAUUGCAAUAAUGAAAUUACAUAUAAACAGUCUGAGAUACAGAAGGAUGAUGUAGUACAAAAACCCGAUGAUUCGUCUCUGGGUAUACUCAAUAAUAUAUCUUUCUUUUUAGCUGAAGUGAGUAAUAUGGACGAUAUGGAGAGACAAAGCGAAAAUAAGUUAGAAGCAGAACGUGAACUUGCCAGGAAACUACUUCAGAGAUGCAGUGACUUAAAGAAGACAUCUCCUAUGUAUGAGACAAACAAAGAAAACAAUGCAAACAUUCAAAACAUGUCUGACAAUGUAUUGUCAUCGAUCGCUAUUGAUCCGGGUAAGUCAGUAUGCUCUAACAAAGUGAAUUUCCAGAAUGAAAAUACAUCGCAUUCUGCAAAUAGUAAAGCAAGCAGCAUCGCUUUUGUUCCCAACGAGAUAAGUGCUCGUUCGUCUGGGUUGAGUAGGAGUUCAGAGAAACAGUUGUCAUCGUUAUCGGAUAAAAAUGUAAAUGCGAUUACAUUUGAUUCGACUACUGCCGAAUUAAUGGCUCAAUUCAACAACGAAGAGUUUCAUUCUGCUUCUGGGAUGGCUAGUCAAUUGUUAGCCGACGAUCUAUCCUGGCAGCAGAAUUACUCUUACGCUCUUCCGACCACCGAAAAGGAAUAUUUAAAUUUAUCGUGUUUCUCGGGUAUCAUCGGUGAACUGGAUUUAUCAGUAGAAUCUCGUGCUGGGCGCAAAGUAUCAGUGGACGAAUAUUUUAAGCGUAAAUGUGGAGCAUUCGGAGAAUUAUCGCACGAUGGGGUUGAAAGACCGAGUUUAGGACUAUCUGUAAAUAGUCCUAAAAGAACGGGUCAACUUAUACCAUUGGUUGAUAACACCAUAAUAACAGAAGGGUCUUCGGCUGGAUCAUUUAUUGCAAAGGAUAGUGCUCGAUCGAAUAAAUCAAACGUAACAAAAGAUAUAGAAGAACAGAGCAUUAUGAGUUUAACUUGCAUCGCUCAAGCGUUACAAGAUAUCGAUAUCAAUACACCGCGAAAAUUAGUGGAUCAACUUAUAAUGGCAAAGAAAAAGAAAAAGCCAAUCCAGAUACAAGAUGUGGAUAAAUCUAGAGAUACUUACACGUUUUCGCCCUCAAAACGAAAAUCUAUGCCCGCCACUCCCAAUACAAAAAUUGAUCAUUUUGAGAAAGAUAUGGAGUUGUUAAAUCUUCCAUCAAAACUGUCUCUAGAUAGCAAGACUGCGAAUGAAAUAAUGGCGGUUAAACAUUCGGUUCCUACAGAAUUUAAAAAGGAAAUGUGUAGCGGGAACUUAACGAGUACAUUUAAUCAAGAUUUUAAGUCGUUAUUGGAAGAUUCUAAUUUAUCUCAUUUGCAUUAUAAUAAUGACAAAAAACUUUCACCUCACACUUCAAUAAUUAAUGUCGAACAUAAUCGAGAGAAUAAGUCUGUUAAUUCAAAAAAUGAAGAAGUAGGAAAGAACGAUAUUAAAAAAGAAGAAAAUGUUUCUUAUAAAGACAAAUCCGAAACUUUUAUACAAGACAUUUCGAAUUUACAACGAUCUGAAUCUCAAUUAAAUAAUGUUGUGAUAGGUAAAAGUACAGAGGAACUGUGCAAUUGUAUCGUUGGUAUGUCAAGGGAGACUGACAUUGAACUUUUAAACAAAAGUGAUAGAUGGUUAAUAUGUUCGUUGAGCGUAAAUCAAAUUCAAGGGGACAAGAAAUAUGUUAAACUCACGUUACCAAAAGACGUCAUUCUUAUUAAACCGGACGCGGAACAACACGCCAAGAUCGCCGUAACGGUAGUGAAAAUGAGUAAACCAAUUAUAGCAGUUAUAAACAUAACAGUAUCGGACAUGGUAACCAGAUCCGAAUGGGUUAUGAAACACAUAAUUUGUUUCAAGCCCGAGGAGCUCAAUAUAAACAUCUUGAACCCUUCUCAAAAAAGAGAAUACGAUUUUCAAUCUAUCGUUGAAAAUAGUACGGCUGUUCUACCCAUUACAAUCAACAAUAAAAACAGCAUCAAUGUUUCUAUUAAACUCGCUAUAUUACAGGAUGAACCGUUAGUAUUCAGUCUGGAAAAUUCCGACGAAUUGCAACGCGUGAUCAUUAAACCUCAAGACACGUUAACCAUGAAUAUACAGUGUAAAGGUAUCUUGCCAAAGAACACAAAAGCUCAACGAUUUUUACAACGUUACGAAGGCAAUUUAAUAAUUCAGGUGGAAAACGGUCCUGACGAUACCAUAAUGAUCAAGGAAAUUCCUCUUGUUGUGCAAGUAGGAAUUUGUAAGAUACAAGUAAUCGAUACAGAUUUACCAUUGAUCCUUCCCAACAAGCAAACUAAACCGUUGACUGUGAUCAACGCCGGCAAUAUGUCGGUGACAAUAUCCGCUACGUUUACACAAGACACUGAGAUCGAGAAAGCCACGAAAUGUUUUUCAGUUCAGCCCGAAAAUAUAUGCCUGCGACCUAAUGAAACUGGCUGUUUCUUUAUUACGUACAAACAACAAAAUUUGAAUGUUUCAAAAAUGCACGCGAAGAUCAAGUUAUUGGCUGCCAGUAAUGUAUAUCAUUAUUCUUUAAUCGGAGAAUCGAACGCUUGCACGGAACCGGAGGCUGAGAAUUUUCCUCGUUGCGAAACGCCUCAAUACUUAUCGUCCGUUAGUUCUCCAUCGUCCCCGAAUAGCGUGACUUCAAAUAAAUCUGGAAUAUCCGGGAGAAAUUCGCCUCUUAGUUCGGUGUCGGGUUCGACUGUUGCCGGUGAUAAAAUUCCCAUAAGAACCACUCACGCUGCCCUGGUAUGGAACAGCGUGAAGACUGGCAAAUCGGAUAUUAAGGAAUUUACCAUUCGCAACACAAGCAACAACAAAAUUAAGAUUCAAGCCGUUAUAUCGGACAACGAUAAGAAUUUUCGGUUCCUUCGCGAACGACAAGCCGUUGGCACGACCAUUGUAUUAAUUUUACAAGGUUCAGAGAGCAGAACGCUGUCUGUCGUGUUUAGUCCCCAUCAUCUGAGCGCAGCUACCGGCAAAAUAGUAUUUAGACACUAUGAACCUAGGAGGGAAGAUAACGAAUCUCGACCGACAAAAGCGUUGUUUUUAUACGGUUAUGGUGGUUAUAGCAGGGUCGAAUUUUUUGAGGCAUUCAAGGACACAAGCGGAAAAAUGUGGUUAUCGCUCGGUACUUUAAAUUCCGGAGGUUCUUUGAACUCGAAGAUCAAAUUACAAAACACGGGGGAUCUGUGUUCAUACGUUAAAAUAAAAUUAACGCCAAAAGCCGUGUAUCCUACUAUGGUUUCGAGUUGGCAAGUGAAUCCAACCGAGUUAUUGUUGAAUCCGAAAGAAAUUCAAUGGGUGACUUUGAAAUUUCAACCGCGUAAAGAAGAUUUAGCACUCUUACAACGCUCGGAUGUAUCUCACGUAGGAACAGUAAUAAUCACUCACGGAGACGAACCUUCGCGUUGGCGAAUUCGUAGAUUGUACAACAAAAUGAAGGAAACCGGUGAACUAAACGGAAACGAAAACGAAGCAUUUAGAAACAUACUUCACCCAAUAUGCAAAGCUUUCCCUGGGGAACAGUUAAUGCCGGACAUAAAUGUUAUUCGUGAUUCAGUGCAAAACCUUGGAGACCUUUGCCGAGGAAUACGUCAACAUGAGAUAUUGUUGACGAUGGAAGUGUGUGCUGACGAAACGUUGUCUGUCCUCCAGGACAACGCAGACGAAUCGCAAAUGUUUUACUCUCUUUGUAGCGAUAAUAGUCAUGUAUACGAAGGACACGGCGAAAGUUAUUUACCCUCCGAAACGUUCGUAGGAAAUUGUAUGUACACUAAUACUAGCAAUGUUACGGCCAGUCCGUCCACCAUAAUUUUAACUCCACCGAUUAGAACAGAAGCAAUCGUGACGAUCAGAAGUUCUUCUACCGUGGCAGAGCCAUUUGAAACUUGUUUGUCAAAUACAGAAUAUUUGAGCGUCGUUCCUACGGAGGGCAUGAUACCCACGAGAAGAGAUUUCCAAUUAAAAAUUCAAUGCAAAGCGAGGAUGGAACGCAGUAUUAAUGCAGUACUUGAAAUUUUUACAGAAAAUAACAAGCUAGAUGUACAGAUAAAAGUAAACGUUAAACGACCAUAAAUUAGAAUGUUAGAAUUAAUAAUUUUACGUAAAUAUGUAUCGUUAAGAAUACGCUGUAGUUUUACAUUUUUA